CUUUACCGUCGUAAUACUCCAGUCUAGCUACAUUAGCAGAAGUAUCCAUAAAUCGGGAGAACUAUGUGUAGCAGGCGAGAUGGUAAUAACUCGUUUCUUCGCCCAAGUGGGUCCUUUUGCUCUGGUGAUUCAUCGCCACCAACACCGUCAUCGCUUCUAUUACAGCUGCCAGCAGAGAUCCGCGUUAUGAUAUGGAAAUAUGUGAUUGGAGGAUUCCAUGUGCGAGUCAUUACCAAAAAUGGAAGAUUCGUCUGUCGGCUCUGCAAUCCUAUAACCUGGCACGGGAAACCAUCCACAAUAGGUGCACAAGACGACAAAAAACAUGCUCAGGACCAUAUCUUCAGGGCCAGGAGUGAAUAUUCCACACCCUACACACGUUGGGGGCCCCUCAACUUGAUAUUAGUGUGUAGGCAAAUUUGUCUCGAAUCUAUCGACAUUUUCUUUACUACCAACACCUUCAUAUUUACUAACUUCUACGACUUCAUACACCAACGAUUUUAUUUAUACCUCCUACAUUCGCAAAGCAUGCGCUUUGUUUGGAUCACUCCAAAUCCUUCCGAGGGUUGGGGCCACCACUACAACCGUAGCAAUCACUGGGUGACGGUCUUAUCAACAUUAUCGACGUUUCAAAAUCUCCGAGUUCUUCAGAUUUUCUUACCAGAAACCUCUCACUUUGCAAGGGAGGAAGUGUACUCGGCACUCUCUGCGUUUCAAUUCCGCCGAGUACGCCUCAACAUUCACAUCCCUAGCGUGGGUCCAAUAAUCCGGUGCCAAUGGGAUCGUUAUUGCCCAACCUGGCUCAGCGUGACUCCUGAUCUCGAGGGUAUGGCCAGACUUGAAGCUGAACUAAAGAAACGGGGAAUGGGCAACAACAUUACAGUUUCUACAGGUGGCUUAAUCAAAACUAGUGAGGAACUGUACCCUUUGCAAUUAGCGCUCACCGGAGCCGAUCAGAGUUUUGUACCCUACUCAAAUGCUGGAUCUUCGACAUAUCGCUCCCCUCCAAGUUUGCCAUCUACUUCUGUAAGAAGUUAUCCACUAGCAAAACGUCGAAAGAUUGAGGGAAACCGGCACGUAUCACAACUACCAACUGCAUUUACGAGAACUCUUAAUAUUGCAAAGCCAGGAUUUCAAGAGAAAAGCAGGCCUCCCCCAGGAGUCACUUCGGCUCCUCACUUCUGCUGGGCUACGGACUCGUGGAAAUUUGAGGACCGCGGCGCUCGCUUCAAUGAUUGUAGGAGUUUUCCGUCCCAAUGA